CAUUAGCUUAAACGCAAUAAGUUUUUUUUCAACAAUUUUAAAAUAGUGAUAUUAUAAUAAUUUAAUCGUUUUAAUGUGAAAAUUCUAGAAUAUAAUUAUAAAUCUAGAACCUAAGUUUAUGUUAAAGUUAAAAUACACCAUUUAGAGGAUAAAAAAUUGCUAAUAUAAGGAAAUUUUUCAAUUAUAAAAAUAAAUACACAAAACAAAGAGCCACUAGAAGAAAAGCAAUAAUAAGUAUUAAAAAAAGAAAAAAGAAGCAGGAAGAAAAUAUAAAAAAGUGGUCAAGAAAUGAGUUCAUGUCGCAUAUCUCCAAUAUCGCCUAUUAAAACAACAAUGUUGAAUACAUCUACAUCAACAAGUACGAUGCAACUUCAGUUACGAAGAUCAAUAAGUGUUGAGAAUGAAACUGGAGCAGCGACUUUGGCAUUUUUAGCAGCAUUAGUUAAUAAAUCUAAUUGUACUUCAAUAAAAAAGGAUAGAGUGGGAGAAGUGGACACGGUGAAAAUACCUUCCAGUGUAAUUUCUAAUAGUUCAAGUACAGAAAAAGAUUGCGCUAAUGUUCCCAUUAUUGAUCAGAAUGUUGAAACUAUAGUAUUGCAAUCUACAUCGCAAUCUUCUGUAGCAACAACAACUUCAACAACAACGGUAAUCAAUAGCAGUAGCAAUACUAGUAAUAAUACUGCAAAAUCAUCCUCGAUAUCCCAGAAUUUACAUCAUCAAAUUCCGUCCGAUAUUUUAGAUGAUUUAGCAAGUCGUUUUAUAAUUAACACUCCAGUUGACGAGCGUCAAAAUUUCAUACGAAUUUGUUUUCAAAUUGAAUUGGCGCAUUGGUUUUAUUUGGAUUUCUUUUGUGGAAAUGAAGAAAAAAAAUUAAUACCAUGUGGAUUGAAGCAAUUUGCUUCACAUCUAUUUCAGCAUAUUCCGUUUUUAUGCAUCUAUUUAACUGAAGUUGAUAAGAUAUUAGAAGACUGGAAAGAGUACAAAUUAUCAGUACCAACAUAUGGUGCCAUAUUGGUAUCUGAAGAUCUCAAAAAUGUUUUGUUAGUGCAGUCAUAUUGGGCUAAGAGUUCAUGGGGUUUUCCAAAGGGCAAAAUUAACGAGCAUGAAAGUCCUGUUCAUUGUGCAACAAGAGAAGUAUAUGAAGAAACCGGUUUCGAUAUAACAAAUAUGAUAGUGCCCGAUCAUUAUAUUGAAUGUGUAAUAAACUAUCAAUACACGCGUUUGUACAUAGUUAGAAAUGUACCUACAAGUACAAAUUUUUUACCCAGAACUCGAAAGGAGAUUAAAUGUUGUGAAUGGUUUCCAUUAGAUUCAUUACCAACAACUAAAAAUGAUACUAAUUGUAAAUCACAAUUGGGUGUUAAUCCAAACUCAUUUUUUAUGAUUAUUCCAUUUAUGAAACGUUUAAAGAAAUGGAUUAGUGACAAUCGAUCUGGAAUCGAAAGAAAAUAUUCAUCAUCGUCACCUAUUACUACAUUUAACAAUAACAAUGGUUGUAGCAAUUAUUAUACUAAUAAUCCAAGUGGAAAUUAUAAUUACAGUGGUACUGGAAACGGCCUUGUAAAACCAUAUUCAUCAGCUAAGAAAUUUAAUUUAGAUUUUAAAAAGGGAGAAAAUAGUAUCAGUAAUACAAAUAAUGGUAGUAAUAAUCAAUUAAAAGGAACAAUUAAUGAAAAUAGUGAUAAUAUGCAUAAUGAUAAAAAGAAUAAAGAAAAUAGCGAUAGUAAUGACGAAAAUAAUGACAGUAAUAAUGAUAAUAAGAAUAUUAACUGUAUUGAUAACAAUAAUAAUCAUAAUAAGAAUAAUAUUAAAAAUUUUAAUAAAAAUGAUAACGAUAAUAUGUACAAUAACAAUAAUGAUAAUAAUAAUAACAAUAAUAAUCAUAAUCAAAAUAAUAGCAACAAUAAUUAUAAUAAUGAUAAAAAUAAUGCUAAUAACGGGAAUAAUAAUAAAAAUAUCAAAAAUAAUAAGAAUAAAAAUAAUAACAAUAAUCAAAAAAAUAAAAGACAACGUCAUAAAUCUAUGGGUGAUAUUGAUGGUAUUAAUUUAAAAUUAAAUUUCAUGAAGAACAAUGGUAAUAACAAUGUUGAUCGUUCAGUACACCAGCAACAGUCAUGUGGAUAUGAUAAAGCAAAUAACAGCGCAUCAAAAAUUAAUUGCAACAACAAGGAUGGCGAUACUAAAAAACGUUUUUUCGAAGAUAAUAUUAAAUAUUCAUCGAAUAAACAUGCAAAUUCCAAAAGGCAAUUAUUUUCUUGCAUUAGCACCGAUGGGAGUACUAAUUGCGAUAAAAUCAUAAAUAAUAAUAACAUCAACAGCAAUUUUAAUGGAAGUAAGAAGGAUAAAGAUAAAAUUUCAAAUAAUAAUAAUAACAACAAUAGUAGUAUCAAUAAGAAUGGUGGAAAUAAUAACAAUAUCAAUAAUAUCAAUAACAAUAUAAAUACCAAUAAUAAUAAUACAAAUAACAAUAAUAAUAAUAAUUGUAACAAUUCUAGUAAUAAUAACAAUAGUAAUAAUAAUAAUUCUGUUCGAUUGAGAACAAAAUCAUUAGGACAACAUAGUAAUUUACAAUCAACAAUAACUAGCAAUGGCGUGCAACGAAAGAACUCUAAUGAAAAUAAGGAUGGUGGUAAUAUGAGAAGAAAAUCUCAUAAUUUGCAAAAUCAACAGCUUCAAACGCAACAGCAAGAUCAAGAACCACAACAAAAAUCAAAUGAACAAAAAUCUCGUGGUCAAACUGUACAAGAUCAAAACCACAAGGAAAAUAUCAAUAAUAAUAAGAAUAACAAUCAUAAAUUUAUUAUUGAUAGUAAAGUUAUUAAUAAUCAUCAUAAUUUUCUAAUUAAUAGCUGUACAAAUCAACAAAGACAAUUUAUGAAACUAAAACAACAACAUGAAGAAUUAAGAGCUGAACAAGAAAAAAAUCAAUUGAAUUCGCAACAUAUAGUUGCAGACAAUAUCAAAUUCAAUCCAAACAUUGAUUCAUGGACCAAUUUUUCAUUUACGAAAAAUUUCAUCGCUAACGUUUUUUGUUAAAUUUAAAAGAUAAAAAGAGAAAAUAAUGAUGAUAUUAAAGAAAACAAAGAAAAAUUGUAAAUAUAUAUAUGUAUAUAUAUAUUUAUAUAUAUUAAAACAAAGUAAAAAUAAUAAUUUUUUCAUUUAUAUGUAAAAGUUAUGAAGUAAUUUUUUGAUUUUUUUUUUAAAGUCUUGUUUAAAAUAUAUAUUUCAUAAUUGUAUUUUAAAAUAUAUUUAUAGAGUAUUCUGAAACUCCUAAUAUA